AUGAGGGGCGAGUUUAAUGGAUUGCAAGCUUUGAUUAUAAAAGAUUGUAAAAGUACUUAUUAUGUUCAUUGCUUUGCUCAUCGGUUACAAUUGGCUUUGGUUGCAGCAGCAAAAAAUGUGACACCUAUUCAUCAAUUUUUUGAUAGAUUAACUUUUAUAGUUAAUAUUGUUGGUUCUUCAUGUAAGCGUAAUGAUGAAUUGAAGAAUGCUCAUGCAGAUGACAUUGCAUAUUUGAUUAUUAAUGAACUCGAGACAGGGCAUGGACUUAAUCAGAUAGGUACUUUACAACGAGCUGUUGAUACACCCUGGAGUUCUCAUUUGAGAUCAUUGAAAGGCCUUAUUAAGAUGUUUAGUGCAUCGUGUACGGUAUUGCUCAAGAUUAUGGAUGAUGGGCUUCCUUCUCAACGAGCAGAUGCAACAACUGUUUAUGAUGAAAUGACUUCCUUUAAUCUUGUAUUCAUCUUGCAUCUUAUGAAAGAGAUUAUGGGGAUCACAGAUAUUCUUUGUCGGACUUUACAAAGUAAGUCUCAGGAUAUUAUAAAUGCAAUGGAGCUUGUAUUAUCUACUAAGAAUUUACUUCAACAGAUGAGGGAUAACAAGUGGGAUGAUUUGCUUGUAAAAGUGAAAUCCUUUUGUGAACUUCAAAAUAUUGACAUUCCUGAUUUCAAUGCUCCGUAUAUUAAUAAACGAAGUCGAGGGCGUGCUCAUCAAGACAAUUUCACCAUUGAACAUCAUUAUCGAAUAGACCUCUUUUAUGCUUCGAUAGAUUCACAGUUGCAAGAAAUUAAUGGUCGCUUUAGUGAUGAUGCUAUGUGA